AUGGUACUGGAACGCGCUAUUGCCCUAUGGAAAAGAAAUCAAUACGAAGAGUUAGGUUCCGCUCUGGGAUUUGCGAUAGCUGGAAGCUGCAUAACUGCUGGUGCUGCACUAGCUACUUGGUCAUUGAUUAAGACGGAUCUCAGCACAGAGCUUGUGCACUGCUCUGCUACCAACUCUGCCACUGCAUACAGGCUGCAGAUCCGAUCUUAUGUCCUGUGUGGAAUUAAUCUUGUUGCCUUGUUUUUCUCAGGACUAGUGUUUUUCUUCAAUGCAGCAGCUAUAAAAAGGAGAUAUGUCAAUUUGCGGUCGUCUUACCAACUUCAGGAGAACAUCAAUGUGAUUACCGUAAUCAUACCGCUAUCAGUAUUUCAAUCAAUCUGCCAUCUUUUACUUUCUAUCGGCGAUUAUACCAUAUUACACGUUGAUAUCGCCGCUAAUUUUGCUACUGUUAUUGAAAUUGUCGUCGAGGAAGCGAGCGACCAAACUUAUCACUAUUACGAAAACCCCAAGCGAGAACGAAACAUUUACCGCAUAUUCGAAAAUGUGGGCGGUUGUCGCAGUUAA